CAUACAUACACACCCACAUAAACACGGACACACACAUCAACAUUUUAUUUCACGUUUUUCCUCCCAACCCACCUGGGACGUGUCAUUAGCUGCGCUCUGGGCUGCGGGAUCUUCCCCCUCAGCUGAGAGUGAGUUGUGUUUUCCUGAGAGCGAGUUAUCAGGUGCUGUAUCAGUGACAAAUGGCUGUGAAGAUGGGGGUCAGUGAACCUGUGAGACGGCAGAGCUCUGUGAGGUUGCCAAUCCCUCGAGGAAAUCCCUUCCACAGCAUAAAGUUUUUUGUGCUGUGCCAUGGUUUUCUACAGCUCUCGCAGCUCAUGGUUUCGGGAUAUCUCAAAAGCACCAUUUCCACUGUGGAGAAGCGUUUUGGUCUCACCAGCCAGACCUCAGGGAUGGUGUCCUCACUGAAUGAGAUUGGCAACACGGUGUUUAUUGUCUUUGUGAGUUACUUUGGGAGCUGUGUCCAUCGCCCUCGGCUGAUUGGCUGCGGGGGGCUCCUGGUGUGCUUGGCGACCUUCCUGAUGGCCAUGCCCCAUUUCCUCAUGGACAGUUACCAGUACGACCAGACAGUGACCGGCGGUAACAUGACGAUGGCCAAUGAUAUCUGCCAGGACAGCAGUGCGUAUCGUCUGCUGAGGAGUGGGAAAUGUGGUGCGGACACUAGGACGAGUGAGCAGAGAAUGUUAUAUCUGCUGGUGCUGGGACAGCUCCUGCUGGGAAUCGGCAGCGUUCCCAUCCAACCCUUUGGAAUAUCCUACAUAGAUGACUUUGCCAGCGAACAGAACUCGCCCAUGUACCUCGAAUUUCCCUUCAUCCUGUGGCGGACCCUGAGGAACCCUGUGUACCUGCUGGUGGUGUUGGGGCAGGUCAGCAUGUCCGCCGUGAUCUCGGGCCUCGCCGUCUUCAUGGGCAAGUUCCUGGAGAAGCAGUUCACGCUGACAGCCUCCUUCGCCAACUUAAUGCUGGGUGGAGUGACCAUCCCUGGGAUCGUGAUUGGCACCAUUGUCGGGGGAGCCAUUAUGAGGAGAUUAAAGAUCACAAUGAGAGGAGCCGUGGUCAUGUGUGUUGUGUGUAUAUUGGUGUGUGCCAGCCUCACCUCCCCACUCCUCCACCUCGGCUGCUCCACACAGUCAAUCGCUGGCAUCAACUCGGACCUCAACACAUCCACACGGACCCUGAGCCCCACAAUACUCCUGCCGUGCAGUCAGAACUGCUCCUGUGAUCCCCAGGCCUUCAACCCCGUCUGUGCCAGCACCGGCCUCGAGUUUGUCUCCCCCUGUCUCGCCGGCUGCAAGUCCAUCUCCUUCACCACGGCCCAAGGCAGAGUGCAGAACUACACAGACUGUAGCUGCCUGGGCCCUGGGGAAUGGGCCACACCAGGGACGUGUGGCGCUGGCUGCUCCCACCUCCUGAUGCCCUUCAUGCUGCUGCUCACAUUGAUGGGGUUUACAGCCAGUCUCUCUCAGACCCCGUCCUUCAUCCUAGUGCUGCGGUCAGUGAAGCCACAGGACAAAUCCUUUGCCAUCGGAAUCCAGUACAUGCUGUUCCGUGCACUCGCCUGGCUGCCAGGACCUAUACUGUACGGACGGGUGAUCGAUAAAACCUGUAUCCACUGGGAAACCAAGUGCGGGGAGCAGACAGCCUGCAGAUACUAUGAUCUCGAUCGGUUCCGGAUCAGGUAUAUGGGGGUUCAAGUUCUGUUCGAGUGCGGAGCUCUGAUCUGCUUCUUCGCAGCGAGUUACUUUGUGACGAAGAGGCACAAUCGGAGGAGUUAGACGGAGGGGGAGAAGGAAGGAGUGGUCACUCUGACAGACCCUGAGAGUGAGAAGUACAGCCUGAAUGACCACAUCACCAGACCCCCGGCCAUCCCCACUCGCCCACUCGUUUUGAUGAGCCAAUGACACACAAUCAGUACAUUUCCUUAGUCCCUGUGAAGGCAAACUGAGCCAUUGCCCUGAAACUCCACCUCGUCUUACACUGUCUCACAAGUGUCAGGCUGGCACAGCCGGUAAUUUUUUUUUGCUCAGCCGGGUGUCAGACACACAUGGAAACCCAUCACCGAGUCUCCAAAACAAGCUGAGAAUUCCCCACAUCCCAACUACACCCGGCAAUCCCAGAGAUGAUCCAACCUUUUAGCCGCUGAGGGCCAAAGGCUGGAUUUCUAAAUUGCUCAUUGGAUCACCCUGGUCCUGGUCCAGGCUGACAUUCUGGCGGAAGGUCAGAUAGUCAGAGACGCCGUCUUUCAGAUGAGAUGUUAAACCUCACUUCCCCGUCUGUGCUCUGAUCAGGUGGACACUGGGAACAAGGGAUCUUUAACAUCCCCCGAUCAGGGCACAGACGGGGAG